AUGCUCUACGAGCUCGUCGAGGAGAUCACAGGUGUCCCUUACCAGGCUCUGUCGCACGCGAAGUCGCUUGACAGGUUCAGUGUCGCCCAGCGCAUCUCGUGGGCAGCGAUGCGAGAGACCACGAAGAAAGAAGACCGAGCAUACUCGCUACUAGGGAUCUUCACCCUCAACUUGCCCACGCUCUACGGCGAGGAAGAGCGCGCUUUCCGGCGGCUGCAGGAGGAGAUUGCGUGGCAGCAGCAAGAGAUCACGGGGCGCAUCCCGGAUGAAGUCGCCUCCAUUCUCCCGGAAAAGCGGCUCACCGUAGAGAUCUGCUUCGAUCGGGAAGCGCCGUCGGUGUACUCCCUGCACGUCGAUGGUGUUGUCACCGAGAGGCCACAAGACACAGCAUCCACGUUGAUCAAGUCUGCCCAGGCAGAAGAGCCUCAGGCGUUGGGUUCUGACGACCAAGAGGACAUGUGGGACUUGAAGACCGAGGGCGAGGGAGGCGGAGAUGGAGACCGUACCAGCACCACCGACGGUGUACGCCUUGAUAAGCUUGAUUCGGAUGCCAGCGUCGGUCGGGCCGGAGGCAGGCACCCGGAGGAGGGCAGAGCGAGCUUGGAGUCGCGCCGCGGAGAAUUCGAUGGGGAAGCGCAGGGCGAGGGAGGUGCUGUCAAAAUCUCUCUGUAG